CGUCUCAGUCGUUCCUCCGCCAUAUUGUCCCUCAAUUUUUCCCCCCUCAGCGCAACCGAGAGAACUCGACAAUCCGCCGUACUUCAGUCUCCAUUUGUUCCAAGAUAUAUAUACAAGUUAAAUGGGAAAGAAACGAAAGCAAAGAGAGCCUGAAGCUGUGAAUGAAGUAAACAAAGAAGAAUUCGCUCCAGAGCGGCCAGCGAGAACACUCUUUGGAUGGAAAGAUAAAGACAAGGUUCAGGGUGAGGCAACUGACGGAGGUUUUAGGAAUAAAGAGAAGGUCUUGGUCACUUGUUCUCGCCGUAUCAAUUUCAGGUAUCGACAUUUGAUGUUAAAUGUGGUGUCACUUUUGCCACAUUGUAAGAAGGAUAAUAAAGUUGAGUCCAAGGACAGCAAAGGUGCAACCUUAAAUGAGCUAGUAGAUCUCAAGGGUUGUUCAUCUUCGUUGUUUUUUGAGUGCAGAAAAGGGAAGGACCUUUAUCUAUGGAUGGCCAAGUGCCCCAAUGGACCAUCCGUGAAGUUCCUAGUUAAUGCUGUACACACAAUGGAAGAAUUGAAACUUACAGGAAAUCAUUUGAAGUAUUCUCGGCCUAUAUUGACUUUCUCGGCCAAUUUUGAUAAAGAACCACACUGGAUGCUUCUGAAGGAGAUGAUUACGCAGAUAUUUGCAACUCCAAAAGACCAUAGAAAAGUCAAGCCAUUCCAUGAUCAUGUAUUCGUUUUCUCAAUUCUAGAUGACCAUAUAUGGUUCCGAAAUUAUCAGAUAUCUUACCCGCUCGGUGCAACUCAGAAAAUAGACCACACUGACCUAGAGAAGAUGACCCUUGUUGAGGUCGGUCCUAGGUUCUGUUUGAACCCAAUCAAGAUAUUUGGAGGUAGUUUCGGAGGUCCUACACUCUACGAAAAUCCAUUUUAUGUUUCACCAAACCAGGUAAUUUUAAGUUAGCUGGUCUUCCCUUCCUUUUGUUAAGUACUCAACAUCGUUCCAAAUUCAGUCUCUUGAUUUUAUGCACCAUGUCAGAUUCGAGCUUUAGAGAAAAGGCAGAAGGCUGGGAAAUAUGCUAAGAAAAUCAAAGCUAAGGCAAGAAAGAAGAUGCAUGAAAUGGCAAAUCCCUUGCAGGUUGAUGAACUUGAACAAAUGUGGAAAGAAUGAUGAAAGAACAUUUAGUGGAAGCAGUCUGAGUAUCCUCACUUGCAGCUGUAGCUUCUUAGGUGCAAAUGGGCAUUUUUAUCAACUGAAUUAUAGAUUCCAUGUAGAAUUGGCAAACAUAAUCCUAUUUGUUAUAAUUAGAUCCAAAUGCAGAGUUUUCUUUUUCAAAAUUAUGGUCUGUGUCUGUACUUUUACUGAACCAUUUCGGGAGUAUGGGAGUGUUUGUUUUGUUUUUAAGACAAAGGUCAGUACAAAAACAUGUAGAGUCUACUUGUUUUUGCCUAUAUGUUUACCUUAAUGAAAUUGAAUAAGCUUACCUCCUC